CUUCCAGCUCCACUCUGGAGGAGGAAAGUGCGCAGGGAGGGUUGGCUGACGUUUUACCACGGGACCCCCCCAACCCCCUGUAUUUACCAACAACAGGCGUCUGUUACCCAACACUGUACCGUCCUCGCACACGGACUCUCUCUGUCAGAAACUUCCCUCUACCUCGACUAAUAAAUGCCAAGAGAAACAACACAAGCGCCAAAAGAUAAGGAUCGCCGCUCAGAGUCGGAGACGAACAGUCGGACAAACACGUAGAGUAAAAAAAACAAGAAAAAGCGCACGGAUCGUCGCCGUUGCCUUUCUCAAUGCAUACCCUUUGUGCCCGGGGAACGAUGAAACCAGAGAUCAACGCCGCCGUCGGAUUUCUGUCGAGAUUUCUGAGGGUAAAAGGACACGUAAACGAUCGACAGGUCCAAACAUUCAGCCAGAGCUUACAGGACAUUUUGGCAGAGCAAUAUAAGCACCACUGGUUCCCAGACAGGCCCUGCAAGGGUUCAGGUUACCGCUGCAUCCGCAUCAACCACAAGAUGGACCCACUGGUGGGGCAGGCAGGCCAGCGCAUCGGCCUGACCAUCCAGCAACUCUACCUGCUGCUGCCCAGCGAGCUCACGCUCUGGGUGGACCCCUUCGAGGUGUCCUACCGCAUUGGCGAGGACGGCUCCAUCUGCGUCCUCUAUGAGUCGCAGCCCGGCCCUGUAGGAAUGCAGGCGACAGCCGCCGCCAGCUCCCCCUCAGGAAACAGCGGCUCAGUGAGCCCCAUGGUGGACAGUCACAUCAGCUGCAAGGAGGAACUGAUGGUGCUGGGCAGAACCAGUCCCUCCAAAGCCUACAAUAUGAUGACUGUGUCCAGCUAAAGUGGCGCACUGUCACACCGACCUACUUUUGUUCAGGGUCACGCCGUGACUGGUCAGAUCAUUUGACCAGACCAGGGUGAGCCUUUUUAAAGCUAAGAAUAUGAAAUGAAAUAGUGAAAGAAGAAAAAAGCAAAAGGAAAAAAAAACAGAGGAUGUGGCCUAUCGUCCAGGUGAUGGAAACCUUGUAGGUUUGAUAUUUUUUACCCCUUCUCUCCCCGUUAUCAUCUGUUCUGUUGUGUCAUCGGAUCAGCCGACCACUCCGUUUUUUUAGGAGAGGCUUUGUGGAAAUGGAACUGUUGGGGCAGCUAAACCAACCAACCAACCAGGAGCCCCCAUGGAGACCCCCAUCCACCCCCCAGCCGAAAACAACAUGGUGAUCAGCUCCGCCUCUGAAGGGGCUAUCAGCAUUGACUUUGCACUUUUCUUACUUGUGGUUACUAUGGGUACAUGUUCAACACACCACUGCAAAAAAACACCGAGUCUAAAUUGUAUGGAAUAUUUUCCAGGAAUUACCCCUUGAAUUUGAAAAUGCAAAGGUUUUGCUGGGUUUUUUUUGUGUCCUGUGAGGGGAGGAAGUUGAGGUUCAGACUGGGCCCAUUGCAAUCCAAGCUCAAUGUAAAGAAACGCCCAAUGAGAGCAUCUCUAUUUUCUAUAGAAACCCUUUUUGGACCACAGGGAAUACAUUUUCUUUAUCUUGUAGCUACUGAAAAAAGGCUUCUGGUCUUAACUUCUCUUCCUCCCCCCCUUCGGCUAUCAACAUCGAGCUUCAGAAAACCUUCAUCUCAACGGCCUGUAUGUAAGUGCAAGUGGAAUGUGUUGUGACACCUGUUACCUAUGGAUACCAGUGUGUCCCGUCGCACUGUCGCCCUCCCAUCUCUCAUGUUUGUGUAGCUUUUCUGGGGGAAGGCAAAGGAGGACCCGUCUCCUCCUCCCCCCUUCCCCUAGUUAAUGAAUGUUGUUGAAAUUCACAAUCAAGUUCCUGUGUUAAUUUUACCCCCUUUUCCCCCAUCACUUUGUCAUCUGCAUUACCAAAACUCAAAGUGUAGCAAAAAGGGGGGGCCCUAUUUACCCAAAUUCUUGGUCAUGUGGCCCAGCUAGAAUUGACAUUGAAUGCACUUUGACGUGAGAUUGUGUGGGAUGUGUACUUUUUUAACGAAAAUCGCCUUCAUUCCAUCCAUUCGAAUGUCAUCUUUUCACACCAUUUUUACUGCCCUUGGUUCAUACUGUAGCUCCCACGUUGUAGACUCUGGUCUGCUGAGCUGGGAGUGUGCAAGUCUGGAUUUCAAAAAUAACAUUUUUAACACUGUACUUGUGAACAUUGCAGAGCUCUCGGUUGUUAUUUUGUAGGUGGAGAGUAUUCUGGGUGGUAUGUUAGAAACAUUCUGUCAUCCAUUCAUAUGGCACUGUUGACUCUGGCACGAUGCAGAGCUGAGCUGUCCCCCCCCCCCCAGAUACACACAGAUGGUGAUUUGUGUUGCUGAUUUAAAAAAAAAAUAGAAGAAAAAAGUUUGUCUGAAAGGUCUGGACUAAGUGAUGACUGUGUGAGACUUUGGCCAAAGGGAGGUCUGGAGCGCCGACUGUUCAGAGAUGAAUUUUAACUUGAAUUGAAAACACCAGGCCCUAGUCAGCCUUCUAUUUUCAGCUACUAUUUCUAAGCUCUUAUAAACCAGAGACACUUUUGUGUGAGUCAGAGGUGCACUGCCUUAUGGAGACCUCAUGAAUUAUGAGCCAUUUGUGAUGUUAAUCUAAUAUCAGGCUUAUGAAAGCCAGCCCCGCUGCAUUGUGCUGCCCGGACCCUCAUUUGGAGGCGUCCCCCCACCCCACCCCACCCCACCCCUUUAUUUUCCAGCCUGGCAGCUUCAAACCACCACCCCACCCCCGCCGCAUCCCUCCUGGUGUAGGGGUUCAGAGUGCCUCAAGUGCCACAUAUCACCCCUCAGCUCAGACCUCCUGUUCAGCCAAAAGCAAGCCAGCAUGCUGCUAGCUGACCCCCUGUGGAUGCAGGUAGACUUAAUGUGACACAUAUCAUCAUCCAUCACCGUGGGGAGCUGGGUAAGGAAGGCAGGGAUGAGGAGCUGGUGUGAGAGAGGGGGGGCCCAGGGCCGGACUCUUUGUGUCCAGGGCAGCUAAAAUCCCUCCAGGCCCCCCCUCUGGACUUGUUCAACAACCCCCACCCUGACCAGAAGCCCUCGACCCUCCCUCAGCAGUGAUGGAUAACCAGCACACGCACUUAGCGUGCUCGAGCUGCACUUGGGGGGCUAGUGAGAGACAAAAAACAUGGAUCGAAGAUGCAGAAUUGAGGGUACUAGGCCGUUGUUUUCUGUUUUCAUCUCACUGGAUCACGCUGCACUUGAUUACUGAGUUUGAGUAGCAACUUUGUUUACAUGCAUAUGAAAGGGUGUGAUGGCUGUCUGACGUACCCCGACUUCACUCCUGGUUCUGGGGCUGAGUGGUUAACAGCACGAUGGAACAGAUGCUGGAACGGCUACGGGUGUUGCUCAGGCCUUAGCCGCUGGCCAAAUCUGUCACGGCAGGCUGGUUCGCCGCUCAUCACCAGACCUCUGGGUGUUUAAGCUCCCCUAAGCCUGAGAGGAUCAUGGGUAAUAUAGCUAUAGCCUUUGACGCACUGCAACCCCCUAACCCCCCUCCUGCCCUGCUCUCUGCUGAUACUUCCUUCAGCAAUCUGUGAAAAGCAGUGAAUCCAUGUUGGCCAGAUGGAGAGGAGCCUGCUGGGAUGGGAGCCCAGAGCUUUGGUUUCCAUGGCGGACACCAGUUUUGAAAUCAUGCUGCUCCGUUAUAGCUUUUUAAUGUCAGGAUGUUUUGAGAUUUGGUCUAUAUUUCAGACGCGAGAUGGUCGUCUCGUCUCACUUUUUCCUCUAGAUGUGUUUUAUGGUCACACUGGUAGAUUUUCUCAUGUUUCCACUCAUCCACAUUCUCUCCUCUUCAUCCUCUUUUUAAGAGGAUUUUUAGUCUGGUGAUCUAACCUACUUUUUUUUUUUUUUUUUUUUUAGCAGACCUUGUUUUUAGUGUAAAAAAAAAAUCCAACCCAAAUCCCCUUUGACACCUUCUCAACUGUACUACCACCACCCAAAAUGGUUUUAGGUCCUCAGUAAUAUUGAUUAUUUAAAUGGCAUCCAUUCAGCUUGUGCGCACAUAGGUUAAAGAAUCGUCGUCAGAGUGCUUUGAGUAGUCGGAGGUUAAAAAAAAGCACAUAAAUGCACUAAAUGUCAAGUUGAAGUUGUGUGACAUUUUUUUGAGACGCGAGGAGUCUCUCCCUGGAAUGUAUUGCCAAACUCAGGCCUCGGACAUUCAAUAAAUACUCUUAUGGAAAAGUUGUGCAUGUUAAGACGUGAAACAGGAAGGGAACAGCAGUUUUGUUGUUGUUGUUGUCAAUAUUGUCAUCGAUUAGUUGAAUUAUUGCCACUUUCACAUUUGAGGUGUUUUACAUAUUAUAGAAUGUAUUGUAACUGUACAACAAAUGGUAGAGUACACAACAUUACACAUGGGAAGUGCCAAUAAUUGCUAUCCUGAGGUGUUUCUAGAUGUAUUCCUUUUUUUUGUAUUUCAUCUUUUAACAUGGAUAACGCUUUUCGUAAGUGAAGCCAUUUGUGAUGGGAGUGUUGGCAAGGACCAAAGUUGUUUUGGUAAAAAAUAUUAGUUUCCAUGAUCUGUAAGUGUAGACGUAUCCUUUGUUUUUUUUUUCUUUUCUUUUCAGUUUUUUUCCCUUUUUUUUCUAUUUACAUACAAAAAAAACAGAAAAUAGACAAAAAAAAAUCUGAGCUUACCCAAGAAGAAAAGCUGUAUCUUGUGAUCUCAUGUCAGUACACCUUUAUCGUGUUCAGUUUCUUUUCCUUGGGUAUGUUGUGAUGAACUGCUGUAAAUUUGUACAGUUCAUGUAAAUUGAUUGUGCGGAAGUUGUACAGAUUUCUAUAUUUUGGAAGAAAAGUUUUUUUUUCUCUGUAAUAAAAGAUUUCCUAUCUUGGCAUCAUA